UUAUUUUUCUAUUAAAUAAGGGGAAGGAGUUCCGUGGAGAGCUGGCCAACCAACAACACUCAAAAAGGGGAUAUUUUGAGCGUGGCGUGGUAUACAAACCCUAACUGACCUAACCCAACAAGUGUAGUUUGCUCAGUGGAUCUUGUCCACGGUCAAAAUUUCAGAUUCCAAAUGAGGACCGAGUGAUCCAGGACUGAAGUCAUGUCGUUGGACUGUGUGGAGAGGGAGAUGGAGUGCGUGGCUCACUGGUUCACAGGCUGGAGUCCGUUACAGAAACAGGAUUUUAUGAAAGAUCUCUUGGAUAAACUCAUCCCAAACAAUGUGGACUCUCUGUUUGAUUCAAUGAACUCUCUAGGUGUAAGUGACAAGCCUCCCAGUAUUUACAAGUGCCAGCUGAAGUUGUUCGGGGACUGGUUUUCCGAGUGGACUGACGCUGAGCGGAACACGUUUGUGCUCAAACUCCAAGUCUUAGAUCCUGGAUUUGUGGCCAAGUUCAACGAGGAAGCAAGCAGACUAUCAAACGGCCUGGGUUCCUCUUGACCCAGAGAUGGUUGAUUAAUUUCUUUUUCCCCCCCUUGAAUCUUAAUAUUAUGAGAAAAAGAAGAGAGACUAUGUGAAAGUGAAAGAACAAAGUUUGAGUUUAUGAACUGUCUGGUAUGUGUGUUCCUAAAAAUCUUGAUUAUUUGACUGGGAUCGCUUACUUUUUUGUAUCAUGUAUACUGAUAAAACACUUAUUUGAGCUAUCUCCUCCAUUAUUCAUUUUACAAAUUUACACAAGUCAUUAGCUUGCUGAGAACUGCCUCUCUUUGUGCAGUCAUAUUUCUGAAUCUGAUGUUCUACUCAAGAAAGACUGCUGUAAAUGUGCAGUAGAAGAACUAUAGGCUACAUAGGGAGUUGCUAGAACUUCUAUCAGUCUACUGUCUUCUUUAUUUCUUUUCUUCCUGUUCGUCUGUCUACGUCUAGUUUUCCUUAAUUUUUUCACAAGUCUGUCAUAACCAUGAUUGUGGUUUUCAUAAUGUGAAUGCAUUAGGGAGAUGGUAAAAAAAACAGAAACUUACACAUAAGUCAGGAUGAAGUGUAGUUGGUAUGGGAAUUCAUUUGAAUUGUAACAUAUUCUCUGUUUUGUAUCACAUUACCAUGUAUGUACCCAGGAAUGUAAAUAAAUCAGUCAGCAAGUAUGAAAGA